AUGGAAGUAGUUAUUGAUUGUUACUUUGACAAAUUGUUCGAGAACAUGCAACGUGAUUAUUUGGUAUCGCGUCAUAAGAGAAGACAAUUAGUUAAAUAUUUUUCUGACGUAAUAAAUAGUUCAGCUGAAGCUGAAAAUCUUGAUACAAGUGACGUAUGUGAACGGAUUGUAAUGUCAGCAUUACGUUACCACAACAUCACAAUGUCAGAGAACGGUUCCGUAUGCCUGUUGGGUAAAUUCCACAACGUGUUAUAUGUAGCAGCUAAAUUAUGCUACGAUUGGAAUUUAAAUAAUAAUAAAAUAGUAACGCGUUUGUUAAAUGACAUUUAUUACUGUGAAAAAACAUUUGAACGUAUAUUUGUCGGCGCAAUAUUCGGAAUACGCGUUACACAUUUUUUGUCCGGGUGGAAAAGCGAUUUUGAAGACCGUGAAGAAAAUAUACGGGCUCUUAUAUAUUUUUUAGAUCAUGCAGUAACCGGAAAAUUGGAGUAUACGUCAGCAUCGUCGUUAACGAAAAGACGAUUUAUUGACAUCCCCAUGGAGUCUUACGGACAAGUAUUGCCGCUGAGAGUCGCAAUACAAAAUGGCGCGCCGGACAUUUUGUUGAUCAUGCUGCGCUACGGCGCAUCAACGGACUCCGACAAAUUGGCGCCAUCUCCGUUGGAAAUUUUGCUUACGAAAUUAAAUGAGUAUGAUGUUGACAAAGAUAGUAGCAAUAAUAAAAAGAUACCGGAUAAUUUGAUUAUUUGUUUGAGGUUUAUUUUACGCACGAUUCCUAUGGCCAGUGUUAAGACUCCAGGACAUAUUGCUAACUCUUGUGGUGUUACGCAUGUUAGCUUGUAUGAACAGUAUCCGAAUUUGGUUGAACGUAAUUUGGUACCGCCUGAGAGAAGUGGAUUAAUACCACCGGAGUUGAGGCAUCUUUGCAGAUGCUCAAUACGUCAGAGGUUGUUUGAAAAUUGGGCUCUGCCACAUGGCAUUAAAACUUUACACAUCCCCAGGGGCUUGCAAAAUUAUCUUGACUUGAUGGCGGAUUGA